AGGCGCACGCCCAGCAGUUCAUAACCCAAAAUGAGGUGCUCGCCCAGCUGGAUUGGCUGAAUUUUUCAGAUGGUCAGCCACUGAACAGAGCAAACAACUAUAUGACAGCUAAUCUCAUGCGCCUGUCGGGAGCACCCAUCGCGCGUCGCAUCGAUGGUGGCAUGGACAUGCAUCGUCAACAACAGAUGCAACACCAGUUGCAACUGCAACAGCAGCAGCAGCGAUCAACUGCCCGAUUGCCUGCAAAUCAAGUACAUCCUAUGAAUCAAAUGCGUUUCGGUGAGGUGCUGCGCUCACGACGUGACUCAGAUCUAUCUACCACGAGCAGCAGCAGCACAGCUGCAACACCUCAGCAGCAGCAGUAUCAGCAGCAACAACAACAGUCGGAUAAUUCUGGCGCUCAAUCGCCGCGCAAGCGCAAUCGCAACCGCAAGAAGCGCACUGAUAAGAAUACGCCUCGAUCUCUGCAGACCGAACUGGAAGCUAUGCGAUCGUACAUCAAUAAGAUCGUGCAACAGUAUGUGGGCAGCGAGCAGCAGUUGCCGCAGGAGCUGGUCUUCAAGGGUGACUAUGGUGACUUGGAGACGCAUGCUCGACGCCUGGUGGCAGCUGGCUAUGGUCGCAUCGUCGAGGAGGAGAUCCGUGUGAAUCGGAAGAAUAAUCGCCAGGCAUUCAUCACCAUGUCGACGGAUCGCGAGACACUUGAGCGUGAUGGCAUCGUCCUAUUGCCCGUGGCCAGGCGGUAUGCCUUCGAGGGAGAUACAGUGCGUGCCUUUGUCCUGAAUGUGGGCGCCGCAGUGAGCAAGACAACGGAUGCGUCAUCGGGCGCCAUUAUAGGUGGCAAGGGAUCGCUAUCAUUGGCUGAGGACGAAGAGUUAUCGGAUGAGACCGAAUCGCAGGACUCGGACGAUGACAGUGUGACAGUCAUUGCCUCGGAUAAUUGUCCCAAAGCCUUUGUCAUUGCCAUUGUUAAGCAAACGGAGUUACGUCAGAUCGUCGGCAACAUUUCCUUCACCAAUCCCACCAAGCUCUGCGACGACGAGCUCUUUUACAAAUUCCGACCCUUUGAUUUACGCAUGCCCAUGGUCUAUAUACCACAGGCCAGCUGUGCUGCUCAUUUGGGUGGCAAGCAGAUAGACGAGGUGUGCGGCUUGCUCUACCUGGCGCACAUACUGGAGACGGACUCGAAUGGCCAUUGCAUUGCGGAGCUGGUGCAGCCGCUGGGACGUGUUGGUGAUCUGGAUAGCGAACUGAAGGCCAUUCUCUUCCAUAACAGUUUGCGAGACAUUGUGCCGUAUGAGGAGCGCUUCAAUAAGAUGUACGCCGACGCAGCGCCUGCCGUAACAGCUGAUGAUCUAGUAAAUCGCCGUGAUAUGCGCAAGAGUUGCGUCUUCACCAUUGACCCGUUGACUGCCAGGGAUUUGGAUGAUGCCCUCUCCAUAGAGAAGAUCAGCGAGAAUGAAUUUGAGGUUGGUGUGCACAUCUCCGACGUCUCCCAUUAUCUGCAAGAGAACAGUGAGCUAGACAACAUUGUCAAGGAACGCUCCACUUCGAUCUACUUAGCUAACGAGGUGAUUCACAUGCUGCCAAAGACGCUGUGCUUCCGUUGCUCUCUGUUGCCAGGGGAGGAUAAAUACUCGUUCUCUGUGUUCUGGCGCAUGGAUGGCCAGGGCAAGCAGCUGGGCAAGCCAGCCUUUACGCGAUCCAUCAUUAACUCAUGUUCACAGUUUGCGUACGAGCAUGCCCAGAAGAUAAUCGAUUAUCCUAGUGAACCCUUCACCGAGGACGAUUUUCCCAACAUCCUCAACGGCUUUACCGUCAACGAUAUAGUCCAGAGAGUUACCUGGCUGCAUGGCAUUGCCUCCAAUAUGCGUACCAAACGCUUCGACAAUGGCGCCCUCACCAUCAACAAUGCCAAGGUGCGGUUUACUCUGGAUCCUCUGGAAGGCGAACCCAUUGGCUUCGAGAUAGAGCAACAGAGGGAAGCGAAUCACAUGAUCGAGGAGUUCAUGCUGCUGGCCAAUCAGGCGGUGGCCAAAUUCAUCCACGAUGCGUUUCCCAAAAUUGCGGUGCUGCGCAAUCAUCCUCCUCCUCUGACCAAGUCCCUGAGAUCGCUGCGUGAGAAGCUUCAAGCCCACGGCUUAGAUCUGGACUACAGCUCCUCGAAGGCAUUGCAGGCGAGCAUGCAAAAAAUCUGCCAGGAGGCUGCCGAUCCGGUGGCUAUGUCGGCGUGUCUAAGCCAGCUGUUAAUGAAGCCCAUGGCGCGUGCCACCUAUAUAUGCAGCGAUGGCAAAACGGAACCGUCCGAUCUAUGGCAUUACGCCCUCUCCAUACCCAUCUACACCCACUUUACGAGUCCAAUUCGACGCUAUCCGGAUGUUAUGGUGCAUCGCCUGCUUGCCGCCGGUUUGAAUUACUGUACCGCACCGGAACGCACUCCAGAAGAACUGCAUCAUUUGACAAAGAUUGCAAAUGACCGCAAAUAUAAUGCCAAGCAAGCGGGCGAUGAUUCUAGCAAUUUGUUCUUCAAGCGGUACGUGAGCAACCGACAGGUGGUUUAUAUGCGUGCCGUGGUCAUGGAGAUCUUUCAGCAUAUGAUGAAUGUGGUUACUCUCGAAUCGGGCCAUGUCAUUAGUAUUAACUACAAAAUGCAGCGAGUGCUCAUUGAUACGCAUAAUGCACCAAACUUUAUUCUGGUUGCUGAGAGGAAUCUGAAGCAGCCGCCAUAUAAACUGCAAUUUCUCUCUGUGGUACCCAUUCGACUGAUUAUAUGGGACGGCAAGUUAACGGGAUUUCUACUCACUCACGAUCAACGUCAAAAGGGACCCAACAUGGAGCAUCCAUCCUCUCGCAAAGACAAAAAACAGCAGCAACAACAACAGCCAGCCAGGAAUAACAACAAAUUGAUUAAAAAUGUCCACAUUAGAAAUGUUCAACAACAAGCUCAGGAGCAGCAGCGCCUGCGUCGACAGCAACAGCAACAGCGAAUGCUCGCCUUGCAGAAGAACAGUUCGUAG